AUGACUGCAGUUCUACAGCGUGAGGAGAUAGGGUCGUUGUCGGGUACAGGCAUUAGGACGUGGAUUGGAUUGACAUUACCGUUCCAAGUUCUGUUAUAUCCCUCGAGAAAUCAGCACAGUGCUGGCAAAUUAAUUCAAGAAAAAGCUAGACAUUAUUUCAACCAACUGAAGGACUUAGAACCAAGUUCGUCAUCCUGUUCACGAAACGUGACAUUUUCUGCGAGCAACGGCUGGUUUGCUGGAUUUGUACAACGGUACGCACUUCACAAUGUGAAGAUACAAGGCGAGGCAGCGUCCGCCGAUGAAACGGCUGCUAUGAAUUAUCGCAAAGUAUUAGCGGAAAUCAUUGAUGAUGGUGGAUAUUGCCCAGACCAAAUAUUUAAUGCUGAUGAGACUGGGUUAUUCUGGAAAAAGAUGCCCAGUCGAACAUUAAUUGCGAAAUCGGAGAAAACUGCAAGUGGUUUUAAAGCGGCAAAGGACCGAAUCACACUUCUUCUUUGCAGUAAUGCCUCUGCAUGGGUCACAUCAGCUGUAUUUACAACAUGGUUCAAUGAUUGUUUUGUACCAGAAGUUGAAAAAUACAUGGAAGAGAUGGGUCUUCCGUUUAAAGUAUUGCUAAUUGUAGAUAAUGCACCCGGUCAUCCCUGUAUAGAACAUCCUAAUAUACAAAUGGUGUUUUUACCACCAAAUACGACCAGCCUUAUACAACCACUGGAUCAGGCAAUUGGACAAAUCAAACAACACACAUUAAAUUCGUGCUGGAAAGUGAUCUGGCCUGAAUGUGUAAUUAAUCGAAACGUUACCGAAAACGCGUCAACGUUAUUAUCUGAAAUUAGUGCGCUCGCACAUAACAUCGGCGGAGAAGGCUUUGACUCUUUCAACGAUAAUGACCUGGACGAGAUGAUUGAGGACCAAGCUGUCGAUGAUAGCGACAUUAUCAAUAGUUUGAUAGAUUAUGAAAAUGGACAAGAAGAACCGGAAUCUAUUACUGCGGAUAAAAUAUAUGCAGGGAUCCAGAUUUCGAAAAAUUGGAAACGCAUUUUCUUAAAAUAG